GCUUCAUCGCACUUCACCCAAGAUUUCCGAAAGAAGAAUGACGCCCGGCUAAAGGAACACUAAAGAUGGGUCUGUGGAGUUUGUCAGCUAUUAAAACGAUCCCCUAGACUGUAACCAGGCGUCUGAAGUGAUUUUCCACGGACUUUGACAUGAUCGAUACUUUUCUCACCGCUAUGUUUGUUUAACUCACAGCAGUUGUAGGAAGGAAACAGCAGAGGAAAAGGAACCGACUGCGCACUGAUGGCCCACUAAACGCGACACUCAUCGGGAAGAUUAACGUUACUUUUUUUUUGCAAACUCUUUAACUGCAGCACAAAUGCUUGUAUUUUAAAUAUAUUCCUUUUAUAUAAGCACUAAGAUUAAUGAAAUAUGUCCAAGACUACGUGAAGUCCCGAUAGGUUGAAUAUUAGGGGUUUUUCGUUUCUUUAUUGGGCUAAGAGUUGUUUUGCUCGCGCUGAUCGAUCAUACGUAUCCCUGACGUGGUCGAUCAUGGCCACAGACGUGAUAGUGUCCGAAGACGUGUCAAACCAGAGAGAUUUAAGUGAUAUGAACGCCAACAAAACUAACCCCGAAUCCGACACACCCAAUCGGACGUUCGAGACGCUGGAGAAUAGAAAUAUAAGUAGCCCUUCAUCGUCUGUUUAUUCUGGUGAGGCAAUAUCUGAGAAUUACAUAGCAGGGGAUUUGGUGCAGAACGGAGACAGUCCGAUCCAAACCGGAGCUCCGCCACAGGAAGUAGCAACUCCAGACAAUGGACAAAAACAAGGCGUGAGUACGUCAACUCCAGUCCGACCGCAGACGCUCUUUUCAUCAGCUGAGCACAAUGGAAGUUUUGAGCAUCAGGAGUCGGUCGCUACAACAGAGGCGAGGCUGAGAAUGGAAGGGGUGGAGCUUAAGGAGGAGUGGCAGGAUGAAGAUUUUCCCAGGCCACUUCCAGAGGAGGAAGAUAUUCAGCUUGACGGGGAGCUUUUCACCGGUUCCUCUGGAGACAGAGCACCUGCUCCGCAAUGUUAUGGACUGAGCAGUGCAAAGAAAACCAAAAAGAAGCUUUUGGCUCCAGACAUCAGUUUGAAUCUGGACCGCAGUGAGGGCUCGGUCCUGUCGGAUGAGCUGGAUGAGAGCACAGAACUGGACUUGGAUGAGAUCGACACGCCCUCCGACAACAGCAACGAGUUUGAGUGGGAAGAUGACCUCCCGAAGCCUAAAAGCACCGACCUGCUGCGUAAAGGAGUGGAGACGGUGCAGGAGUACUCCGGCACGGAGGAGCGAGAGGAAGGCCGUCGCUGGAGAGUGUUCCGCAUCGGAGAACAGGACCACAAGGUGGACAUGAAGGCCAUUGAGCCCUACAAGAGAGUCAUCAGCCACGGAGGUUACUAUGGCGAUGGGUUGAACGCUAUCAUCGUCUUUGCUGUUUGCUUUAUGCCCGAGAGCAAUCAACCAAACUACAGAUACAUCAUGGACAAUCUCUUCAAGUAUGUCAUAGGAACCCUAGAGCUGCUUGUAGCUGAGAACUAUAUGAUUGUUUAUCUAAAUGGAGCCACUUCACGUCGAAAGAUGCCCAGUGUGGGUUGGCUUAGAAAGUGCUAUCAGCAAAUAGAUAGGAGGUUAAGAAAGAAUCUGAAGUCUUUGUUAAUUGUGCACCCGUCCUGGUUUAUUCGCACCCUUCUGGCCAUCACCAGACCAUUUAUAAGCACAAAGUUUAGCCAGAAAAUCAAAUAUGUGUUCAGCCUUACCGACCUGGCUGAGCUUGUCCCGAUGGAGUAUGUGUCCAUACCAGACUGCAUUAAACGGUUUGACGAAGAAAAAAAUAGGAAAAAACAGAAAAGGAUUGACCAGGACAUGCAUGGAAAAGUGGAGAUAGCGACUGCCGCGGUGCCAGAGUAAGCUGAAGGAACCAAGAAGCUGGAAGAAGAGAACGUAGAAUGUUGGAUUUCUUUUCUUUUAACUGGAAAACACAAGAUGUUGAUGUCAGACACGUGCCUUUAUCACCGCCUGUUACGUUAUAAAACUGUUGUUGUCCCCACCCCUUUGCAAUGUUUUCCAAACAUCUGUCAGAAGGCAUCUGUUUUCUGUGCGUCAAGCAUUUUAAUCUUUUAUGUACCAUUUCAAUACGUAGAUACUGUCAACGUUGUUCUAGUAUUAUAUCUCGCUUGUAGGCACUCCGUUUUUGAACUGGUUGAUGCAUGUUCUACAUUACAUUUAAAUAUCUAUAUUUAUAUUCGAACGGUGAUAAAGGAGAAAGAUUAAUAUAUUUUUAUGAUGGAAACGUUAUUUUUAGGGCCUCAGUCCUGCAUCACCUGUCAUCUGCUUGCUGAUCGUCUCGUUGUUUACUGCUGGAUUUUUCGUGUGAUUUGUGCACCAGGAAAACGUGCAAAGAUGACCAGAAGACUGAGAUGAUGAUGAUGAUAUGUGAAAAUAUAUUGCACCAGUAACGGUUCUUCGGUUCACUUCCAUUAAAUGGUUUGGUAGGGUGGGGCUCUUGUAUGUUAUGUUGCAAGUAAACGUCCACACAAAAAUCACAUUGUCAUUAUGUUUGAAACUGAAUUCUGUUCAACACUCGCAAACUGCUUUUGUUGUGUCAUUGUUUCUUGCAGGAUGUGAGAAAUCUCUUUUGUAUAGGCAGUAGUAGUACAAUAUAAUUUGAGCUAAUUAAGAACAAAAUAGGCUUUUGUGUGUGUUAUUGAUAAGUGGCUUUGUGGUCCUUCAUAUGCUGGGGCACAAACAUUUCUUUUUUCUUUUUAGACACCAGUUGAGGGCGCUGUAUCGCCACUUUAGUUUUGUCACCAUAAAGGGAUAGUUCACCCGUAAAUAUACCUUUAUUUCUUACGCAGAGCACAAAAGAAGAUAUUUUGAGGAAUGCUGGUAACCAAACAACAUUAGCUCCCAUUGAUUUUGCAAAACCUCUGACACAUUUCUCAAAGUAUCUUCUUUUGUGUUUUACAGAAGAAUGCCAUAUGCAGGUUUUGAAUAAGGUUUUUAAGGUGAAUGAUUUAGUCAUGGGAAAGCCAACCUUUUAAAAGUAAAAUUAUUUGUGUAGACUUUUCACUAUUACAUUAAAGCCUCCAACAUCUGCCAUU